AGCCCCUCUGACCAGCAUGACCAGCCCUCGUCUGGCCUGGCCCCUCAUGUUUCAGGGGCUCUCCUGCUGCUGUGGGAGUCAGGGCAGGAUGGCGCUGCAAGUGGAGCUGAUACCCACCGGGGAGAUCAUCCGCGUGGUUCAUCCCCACCGGCCCUGCAAGCUGGCCCUGGGCAGUGACGGGGUACGGGUGACCAUGGAGAGCGCGCUGACCGCCCGUGACCGGGUGGGGGUCCAGGAUUUCGUGCUGCUGGAGAACUUCACCAGCGAGGCAGCCUUCAUCGAGAACCUGCGCCGGCGGUUCCGGGAGAACCUCAUUUAUACCUACAUCGGCCCUGUCCUGGUCUCUGUGAACCCCUACCGGGACCUGCAGAUCUACACGCAGCAGCACAUGGAGCGGUACCGUGGCGUCAGCUUCUAUGAAGUGCCCCCCCACCUGUUCGCAGUGGCUGACACUGUGUACCGGGCACUACGCACGGAGCGUCGGGACCAGGCCGUGAUGAUUUCUGGGGAGAGUGGGGCAGGCAAGACCGAGGCCACCAAGAGACUGCUGCAGUUCUAUGCGGAGACCUGCCCCGCCCCUGAGCGGGGUGGCGCCGUGCGGGACAGGCUGCUGCAGAGCAACCCUGUGCUGGAGGCCUUUGGAAAUGCCAAGACUCUGCGGAACGAUAACUCCAGCCGAUUUGGGAAGUACAUGGAUGUGCAGUUUGACUUCAAGGGUGCCCCCGUGGGUGGCCACAUCCUCAGUUACCUCCUGGAGAAGUCCCGAGUGGUGCACCAGAACCACGGGGAGAGGAACUUCCACGUCUUCUACCAGCUGCUGGAGGGUGGGGAGGAGGAGACGCUGCGCAGGCUGGGCUUGGAGCGGAACCCCCAGAGCUACCUGUACCUGGUGAAGGGCCAGUGUGCCAAAGUGUCCUCCAUCAACGACAAGAGUGACUGGAAGGUGGUCAGGAAGGCGCUGACUGUCAUCAACUUCACCGAGGAUGAAGUGGAGGACCUGCUGAGCAUCGUGGCCAGUGUCCUGCAUUUGGGCAACAUCCACUUUGCUGCAGACGAGGAGAGCAAUGCCCAGGUCACCACUGAGAACCAGCUCAAGUAUCUGACCAGGCUCCUCAAUGUGGACAGCUGUACGCUGCGGGAAGCCCUGACUCACAGGAAGAUCAUCGCCAAGGGAGAAGAGCUCCUGAGCCCCCUGAACCUGGAGCAGGCUGCCUACGCCCGGGACGCCCUUGCCAAGGCCGUGUAUAGCCGCACCUUCACCUGGCUGGUGGGGAAAAUCAACAGGUCGCUGGCCUCCAAGGAUGCUGACACCCCCAGCUGGCGGGGCACCACGGUCCUCGGGCUGCUGGACAUUUAUGGCUUUGAGGUGUUUCAGCACAACAGCUUCGAACAGUUCUGCAUCAAUUAUUGCAACGAAAAGCUGCAGCAGCUCUUCAUCGAACUGACCCUCCAGUCUGAGCAGGAGGAAUACGAGGCCGAGGGCAUCGCUUGGGAGCCUGUCCAGUAUUUCAACAACAAGAUCAUCUGUGACCUGGUGGAGGAGAAGUUCAAGGGCAUCAUCCCCAUUCUAGAUGAGGAGUGCCUGCGCCCCGGGGAGGCCACCGAUCUGACCUUCCUGGAGAAGCUGGAGGACACAGUCAAGCUCCAUCCACACUUCCUGACGCACAAGCUGGCAGACCAGCGCACCAGGAAAUCCCUGGGUCGAGGAGAGUUCCGCCUUCUGCACUACGCUGGGGAGGUGACCUACAGCGUGACUGGGUUUCUGGAUAAGAACAAUGACCUUCUCUUCCGGAACCUGAAGGAGACCAUGUGCAGCUCGAAGAAUCCCAUUAUGAGCCAGUGCUUCGACCGGACUGAGCUCAGUGACAAGAAGCGGCCUGAGACGGAAUUCUGUCCUGCUGCCCCCUACCACCCAGAUGGGGUGGCCACCCAGUUCAAGAUGAGCCUCCUGCAGCUGGUGGAGAUCCUGAAGUCCAAGGAGCCCGCCUACAUCCGCUGCAUCAAGCCCAAUGACGCCAAGCAGCCAGGCCGCUUUGAUGAGGUGCUGAUCCGGCACCAGGUGAAGUACCUGGGGCUGAUGGAGAACCUGCGCGUGCGCAGAGCCGGCUUCGCCUAUCGCCGCAAAUAUGAGGCCUUUCUGCAGAGGUACAAAUCGCUGUGUCCGGAGACAUGGCCCGCGUGGGCAGGGCGGCCCCAAGACGGGGUGGCUGUGCUGGUCCGACACCUGGGCUACAAACCAGAGGAGUACAAGAUGGGCCGGACCAAGAUCUUCAUCCGCUUCCCGAAGACCCUGUUUGCCACGGAGGAUGCCCUGGAGGUCCGGCGGCAGAGCCUAGCCACCCAGAUCCAGGCCACCUGGAGAGGCUUUCACUGGCGGCAGAAAUUCCUCCGGGUGAAGCGAUCAGCCAUCUGCAUCCAGUCUUGGUGGCGGGGAACGCUGGGUCGGAGGAAGGCAGCCAAGAGGAAGCGGGCGGCAGAGACCAUCCGGCGGCUCAUCCGUGGCUUCAUCCUGCGCCAUGCACCCCGCUGCCCCGAAAAUGCCUUCUUCCUGGACCAUGUGCGCACCUCGUUUUUGCUCAACCUGCGGCGGCAGCUGCCCCGGAGUGUUCUGGACACCACCUGGCCCACCCCCCCACCUGCCCUGCGAGAGGCCUCUGAGCUUCUGCGGGAAUUAUGCAUGAAGAACAUGGUGUGGAAAUACUGCCGGAGCAUCAGCCCCGAGUGGAAGCAGCAGCUGCAACAGAAGGCUGUGGCCAGUGAGAUCUUCAAGGGCAAGAAGGACAAUUACCCCCAAAGUGUCCCCAGACUCUUCAUCAGCACAAGACUCGGCGCGGAUGAGAUCAGUCCUAAAGUGCACCAGGUCCUUGGCUCUGAGCCCAUCCAGUACGCAGUGCCAGUAGUGAAAUACGACCGCAAGGGCUACAAGCCUCGCUCACGGCAGCUGCUGCUGACGCCCAACGCCGUGGUCAUUGUGGAGGACGCCAAAGUCAAGCAGAGGAUCGAUUACGCCAACCUGACCGGGAUCUCCGUCAGCAGCCUGAGUGACAGUCUCUUUGUGCUUCACGUACAGCGCGAAGACAACAAGCAGAAGGGGGAUGUGGUGCUGCAGAGUGACCACGUGAUUGAGACCCUGACCAAGACAGCCCUCAGCGCUGACCGUGUGAACAGCAUCAACAUCAACCAGGGCAGCAUCACCUUUGCCGGGGGCCCCGGCAGGGAUGGCACCAUUGACUUCACGCCCGGCUCAGAGCUACUCAUCACCAAGGCGAAGAACGGGCACCUGGCUGUGGUGGCCCCACGGCUGAACUCUCGGUGAUGAAGGUGCCCACCGGACCCCCUACCACCCCCCAGUGCUUCGCUUCUCCCCCCCUCCCCUUCCCAGUUACCAAAGACUGAGCUUCCAGACAGGGACCCAGGGACACCUUGAAACCCACCUACAAACACCGGCCUCCUGCCGCCCCUCUCUCAGGGAGCUGCCGGCAGCCAGGAGCAGCCCCAGGAGUGGGCCGGGCCGGCCGGGCACAGCAAUAGGAAAGCCAGGGCCAGAGCAUGAGUGCCUGCCCCACCGCUCCACUGAUGCCAAAUGUUGGAGAGAAGGGGCCUCUGGCCCAGGUGCUCUCUCACGAUUUUUGUGAUGCUUUAUAGGAAACUGUUUUUUAAAAAGCCAUUCUCCCACCCCAGAACACACUGGAUGUGUUCCCCCUGACUCCUACAGGGUAGGGGGUGCAGCUGAGAGGUGGGGCGGGCCGGGCUCUGGUGCCGUCUGACUUCCUGCCCAGGCCACCCUCUUCUUCCUCCUCCUCCUCCUUGGUCCCCUUGGCACCUUGUCUGUUUUGUGCCUGCCUGCCUGCCCAGCCACCCUCUGCAGCCCACUCUGAUCUCCCCUGGUGGUUGAGACCACCCUUACCUGCCCCUCUCUUCCUGCCCUAAGAAUGCCCUUUCAAUGUUUUCAUCCCAGUCUGGGGGGGUCCUGCAGGGGGAAAGGUGUGCCUCAGGUCACAGAAUUUGGAAGACGAGCAGAGCAUCUUCUCCAGUCCCCUGGUGUCAUAGGACAGGAGAGCCAGGGCCACAGAGGGGAAAGCCCAUUGCCCAAGGUCACACACAGGUUGGGGCAAACCAGGACUGCAGCCUUGUCCUCAGCACAAGCACACCUCACUGCCCCUCAAGACAAGGAGCCCCAUGAAGCAGGGGUGGGGAGAGAGGGGUAUCACCCUUGAAGUGUGCAUCUGGCUCCCUGACCAGCGAUCACCCAUGGGGGCCACCAGGUGGAGGAGCACUUCUUAGAUGACAACACCCUGCCCGCGCACUUGGGCCCCAUUCAAGGGCAGAGGGCCAGGGCUGCUUCUGCACCUGCCUCCCUGGCCCAGGAGCCUGGGGAGGGACUGGCCUUGGGAGGAGCUGCGGGGGCACCACUUCUUUCUGCUGCUGCCGCCCCCACAGGGUCUGGGGGCUGCCUAGCUGCCUCUGUCCCCUCCUGGGGGUUUUGCCCACUGCUGACAUUUCUGCGAUCCAGAGAAACACUAAAUAAAGCAAUAUGUGUUUGCCAA